CCAACCCCGCCUUGACCAGGUGUAUGCGGGUGUUUAGCAUUAAAUGCUCUUCCUAAAUAACUUCCUUCAGUUCGAAUAAAAGUAGCGAAGGUAAAACAAGUUGGUAUUACAAAAAAAAACGUUUCGAAAUUGUCCGCUAUGCAUCAUCCGAAUUCGGAGGGAAGAUGGGAUUGCGUUGGCGCAGAUGGAAUCAUUCGGGCCGAGGAUAAAAGGCCGCUGAGGGAGAAGAAUCCCUGCAAACACGUGCCGCACAAAGAAAGGGCCCCUCAAGUGGUGGCCAGACGGAACGCCAGGGAGCGAAGACGGGUCCAGGCCGUCAACAUGGCUUUUGUCCGACUGAAAAAGGCCAUUCCUUACCAAAAUUCGAGAGGCAAGAGAAUCAGCAAAGUGAAAACGCUGCAAAACGCCAUCAGGUACAUACAAGAGCUGGAGAUAAUCUUGAGAAACGAUUACUUACCUGGGUACCAUUACUUCACAACUAUAAGUCCUGACUUCACUUCGUACUAAUAAUAACAUUUUAUAUUUAAUUAUUCAAUUCUAGUCGAUGCGCAUUCUAGUCCUUAUUUAUUAAUAACAUAUUUUGUAAUAUGUUUGCUAAUAAAUGUAUUUCG